AUGAAUUUGAAAACGCAAACAGAAAAACAGUCCGUGAGUCUGCAAAGUCAGAUCAAAAUGGGGAGAAAAGAAGAUUCAAAGAUGAACAUCGCCAUUAUACAUCCCGAUCUUGGAAUAGGUGGAGCAGAGAGAUUGAUCGUCGAUGCGGCGGUUGAGCUUGCGUCGCAGGGUCAUAAAGUUCAUGUCUUCACCUCUCACCACGACAAAUCCAGAUGCUUCGAGGAAACUCUCUCCGGAAUGGCUGAUAUGAUCCUUGUUAACAGCAACUUCACAGCGUCAACAUUCGCAAAGACAUUUGAGCGUCUUCAUGCACGAGGAAGUCGCCCUGCUGUUCUUUACCCCGCGGUCAAUAUCGCUCAGUUCAAUGAACCCCAUGCUUAUAAGUAUUGUAUAUCCCUAAACACCAAAUUUCCAGGAUAG